AUGGCAGAUAAUUCAUUAAAUCGUGUUAUUAAGUUUUUAAAUGACGACGAAGAAAAGGGAAAUGUUCCAAAUAUAUGUGUUGUUGAAAAAGAAACUGAAAAUAAAACUUAUUCACCAACGGACGAAAUUAGUAUAUCAAGACGGAAUGCUACCAGUCAGUUUUUCAUCAAGUCACGCACCAGAAUGAGACCUGCUAAAACUCCUGCCAACGUAUCGUCAUGCUGUAACGACUGGUCUUGCCAAAGACAGUGCACGCGCACAAAUAGCAGUUGUAAACCCGUUCGUCGACUCGCUGCCAACGCUCGAGAACGCAGGCGGAUGGGUUGUUUGAACACUGCGUUUGAUGAACUUCGAGCCGUUUUACCAUCGCUCGGAGGAAACCAACAAUUGUCGAAAUACGACACACUACACAUGGCGAUGACGUAUAUUGACGAGCUGAUGAAACUACUAGAAAAUAGCGGGAAAGACAGUAGCUGA